AUGACACCACAGAUCUAUCCUGUUGCGGUCGAAUACGGUCUGACACCGCCCGGCGGAAGCAGCCAUAUUGUCGACGCCCUGAAUCGAGACAUCAAAUCGUUUGUAUCCGGCACAUUGGACCAAAAGCUUAAAGCCUGCAUCGAAUUCUCAUACCUGUUUUACACAUCAAACGGAGCCCAACUGGAAGAGGUUCUAUCCAAAGACCCUCUGCUUAUCAAAGUGCUGGUGGGGGUGCUUGAGAACCCAAGUCAGCCCACCGUACUGCGACUGGAAGUCAUCCAGACUGUCUCAGUUAUCGGACGCUGCACGCCGAACAUCCAGAUCAUCCUUUGCAACCAAGGGAUCAUCGAACUCUUGACCGACAUACUCAUGGAUAGGCGAAUGGACAUGAGACAAUGGGCGGCGCACUGCCUUUCGCUACUGAUGAUCAAAAACUUUGAUCCCAAACGUCCCGCAUGGAGCAGUCCGAAGCUGAAGGUAGGGUUGGAAGAUGCCACGAGUGACGACUGGAGCAAGUGGCCUCACAACGCAGCGUCCGAGGUUCUUGAAACCUUGACAUUGUCUUCGUAAACCAUGGGAUAGUCUGCAUAUCCUCGACCGCCGAUGCGGCAAGUCGAGCCCAGAGCUCUGCCUUGGAGACUUGUGGGUAUACAAAGAACACUCGCAGGAACGUAUUCAGGGAUACCUACUUCGCCGCCGCCUCGAACACAUCGGUAAACUCCUGGGUCG